AUCCAAUAAUAUAUAAAGGGAAGCUCCAGAUAAACCUUACAAUCAACCAUAGCCUAACAUUUACCACCCAAAACUCUCAAAAAAAAAAAAAAGAGAGCAAGGUUUGAGAUGAGAGGGCAUGAGCCACGAUCAAGCUCCUCUUGUGCAGCUUGCAAGCUCUUGAAGAGAAGAUGCACACCCACUUGCAUCUUUGCUCCUCAUUUCCGCUCAAGCGACCAGAUAACUUUCGCCAAAGUCCAUAAAGUCUUUGGAGCCAGCAACGUCAGUAAGCUACUCAGCGAGGUUCCUGAAGAGCAGAGACAAGAGACCGUUAACUCCUUGGCUUAUGAAGCUGACGUUCGUCUCAAGGAUCCUGUCUACGGUUGUAUUGGAGCCAUAGCUUCUCUGCAGAAGAAGAUGCUUGAGCUUCAACAUGAUAUAGCCGUUGCUCGCAAUCGGCUACUUGCCCAUAAUGCUGCUGGUGGUGUCAACAACAACAACAGCCACGUGUUGUUGUCUCCUUUGGAUGAUUCUCCUCAGCUUGCUGCUUUUCUUGAUCUUGUGCCUUAUAGUGACUUGAUGCUGCUUGAUGGGUCUGGUCUUGAUGCUUACUUGUUUGAUAUUGGACAGCCUCCUUUUGUAUAGGCCUCUCUUAUCUCCUUUAUCCUAUGUAUUUGCACUUGCUAAUAAGUCAGAUUCACUAAUGUAUUAUUAAUUAAUCCUAAAAUGCAAAAAUCA